CAGUUGGAUGGAUAUUUGUCAUUUCUCUAAGUUUUUGUCUCUGAGCAAGCCCGCUGACCUAACAGCUGAUCAGAUAUGCUGAGCUGGUAGCCAAAGCUUGCAUAGCAAUAUAGUGCCACAACACAGGCUUUCUUAGAGAAAAAUAAAAUGCUUCAAAGAUUUUUGAUAGAGUGUAUAAUUGAGCCAAUGUGGCUUUUUUGGCCCAUUUUAAAAAUGAAACCUGCUUGAUUACAUGGAAAACCCAUUUCAUAUGCUGCAGCCCAGCCUCCCUGCUGGUAUGACCAGUGAGUCCUUCUUAAAGGGGCAGCGCACACUGAAAUCACUGGAGGCUAGUGCCACUAAUAUUGCCAAGAACUUCUUAUGACCCAACUCCAAAAAUACCUUUUAAAGCACGUUUCUGGUUGUCUGACUACUCAAAGAUCUUUGUCACACUCAGUCAUUCACACUGAGGACUGCUAUGCAGAGUGGACAUCAGUGUUAACUAAUCCCAUCCACACAUUCAAACACCACUGAUGCAGCAGUGGGAGCAGUUUGGGGUUCACUGUCCUGCCAAAGGACUGAUAGACAUGUCACUAAAGGAGCUGGGGGAUUGAAGCCACAGGAUUCUGGAGGCCUUUGCAGCAUGGAGUCAGAUGUGACACUGGGUGGUACUUUUAAACAGCUUUUCUCCCUUAUUAUGUGAGAUCCAUUAAUGUCUAAAAUUACUGGUUUCUACUGAAGACUCUUAAAUCUGAAAGAAAAACUACUGAGCGCUGUCACUACAAGGCUUGGACAGAUUCAGUGGGCUGUACCAUGACAGAAUCAAACAUAGAAAGGAGGGGCGCUGUAACAAAAGGCCCCUCCAUGUGAUGUGAUUGGACCAGCCAUCUGUCAUUACAGAGAGAACAACCAAUGGGCUGCUGCCUCUGCUCUGUGGGUUGGCUACAGGAAAUUAAAGGAAGGAAGUGUAAACAAACCAUAGAGAAAUAAAGUGUAUUUACCUUCCAGGAAACUGCCCAGUAUGCAAAAUUACCACUGCAGCCCUAGCAAAGAUGAGCUACAUCAAGUUUCAUCACUGAAGCAAAGUAGACAGAUAAUAGAAACAUCACACUAAAAACCCACAUCACAAAACUGUGAGAAUGUCAGUACAUGCCCCAUAUAAGUUUCAUUUCUUGUUGGCCAAUCAAACGCAGCGUGGUCUGUGAAGAGCUGAGACACUGUCAGUAUUCUUCCAUUCAGCACCAAGAUUUCAGCACAAUGACAUCUCCAACAUUUGUCUUCAUCCUGACAUGUUUGGUCCUAAACAACAUUGCUCAGACAGUUGCUCUGAAAUCAGCUUCAUCUGUUCAUCACAAGGAACUCGAAGCUGGGGAGAGUCUGACACUGAAAUGUGACUUCAACAAUAAACAGACUACAUUUAAGUAUUAUUGGUAUAAGCAGAUUCUCGGGGAGGACCUGCAGCUCAUCUCUUCCUACUUCAAAUAUGAUGAAAAAAGGUUCCACAGUAAAUUUAAGGAUGAUCCACGUUUCACACUGGAUGCUCACGAUGGGACAAAUCACUUAAACAUCACAGAUUUACAGCUGUCAGACUCAGCUACAUAUCACUGCAUUGUUUGCAGAUCAUAUGAAAUUAAAAUUUUAAAAACCAUCGCAGUCAGUGUGAAGGGUUCAGGUCUGAGUGUCCCAGCUCUGGUCCAUCAGUCAGAGUCUGAAACCAUCCAGCCAGGAGGCUCUGUGACUCUGAACUGUACAGUCCGCACUGGGACCUACGACUGCACUGUGGUCUCAUGUGGACACAUACUGUUUGGAGACGGGACCAAGCUGGACUUUGAAGAUGAGGUGAGCUCUGGUGUCUUGGUGUAUUCUCUGAGUGGAGCUUUGAUAUCUGCAGUUAUCCUGAUAGUUGUCCUGGCCUUCUUAUUGUACAAGAUGAACAAAAGAAUCUGCUUCUUAUCUCAAGAGAUACAAGCAAGAUUUUCAGCUCCCUCCACAACAAACAUGGAGGGUAACAGAGGAGCAGAUGACGUCUGUUAUGCUGCUCUGAACGUUAACAUGCCCAACACAUCAAGAAGACAGAGAAACACAGCCAGAGAUGAAUGUGUGUAUUCCAGUGUGAGGCAGUAGAAGUCACCAUGGUUCAUCUUUUACUACGUCACUUUAAACUGAUGUUGGACCAGAUUUUUAAUGUUACCUUUGUGAAUAAACGUCAAUGAUUAUGUUGUGCUUUUGUGAAUAAAUUCUAAAUGAUUUUGUUUGGAACAUGAGAUUUUUAAAUCAAAGAACUCUUUUAACCCAGGUUUUGUUUUUACAUUGUUAUUAUCAUAGAUGUAUAUUUUGGUAUUUUUGCCUCUUUGAGACGUUGAAUAGAGCAGAAAAUGGAGGAAAUGAUCAGAAGUGAUAUGCAGGAACAGAGCUCAGGGCUGCUCACAUGGAGGACUACACCCUAGACCAGCUAGUGGUCCUCGCCCAGAUUUGUUGCACGUGUUAUUGAUUAUGACUCAGAAGUCUACUUUUGACAUUUUAAAGAAUAAAGAUUUUAAGUUUGUUUUU